GAGCAUUGUUUUAGGAGGAUGGAUAUAACCACUCUUGGCAACCAACGGCCCCCAGAUAUCCAACCAGCCAACGCAGCGAACUUCAGGUACAGGGAGAGAAGACCAAUCAAUCUGCGUAUGUGAAAAUCGUCUACUCGCUAAAAUGCCUUUGGCAAAAGACCUGCUCCAUCCUUCUCUGGACUUUGAGAGAAAGCAGCACAAGAAAAAGAGACUUGUACAGUGUCCCAACUCUUACUUCAUGGAUGUGAAAUGUCCAGGAUGCUAUAAAAUCACAACUGUGUUCAGCCAUGCCCAGACAGUGGUACUGUGUGUGGGGUGUUCCACAGUGCUCUGUCAACCCACGGGUGGAAAGGCCAGGCUGACCGAAGGUUGUUCCUUCAGGAGAAAGCAACACUGAAAAGGAUGAUGAAAUGGAAUUAAUGAUCAUGCCGGAAGUGGCAUCACUGAUCAAUGCCUUAACUAUUCAUUGAUUGCAAUGAAUGAAGUAUUGAUAUGUAAUUAUGUAUGAAUGGUACAUGGCAGGUUGUUUCUACCAUGUAAUCAGUCUCCCUUUUCUCAAUAAAGAUGCUAAUAUCAUGCAAACAUA